GCUGGUAAAAAACUAAAAAACAGGGUCGGAUUUUCACAAAAAUAUAUUCGGGUGGUUUUACGUUCUUUAAUUUAAAGAGAUAAAACAUAACACUAUUUAAAUAGUAGUGUGCAGGUAGUACUGCAUAAAAAAAAGGUUCGGUCACAUCAACCGGGUAAUUGAAUUACGAUUCUAUGGAAAUUGCAAUGAGUUGCAAUAUGAACUGAUGGAAUAAAAACUUCCUACGGAACGGUGUAAAACCAGUCGAAAACAUGUCAUCGAAAUGCAUAAGGAUGUUAUCGAAGAGCGCACUUUUUUAGCAGCUUUUUUUGAGCGUUGGACUAGCCCGCGCUCAUGAGCCACCUAGAAUUAUCAGCAAGUUUCGUGGCCUAAACACGGUACUCGACUGAAAAGGUCUCCAUUAAAUAUAUGACGAUUGUAUAAGAUACUAUUUUGCCUCGCUUCCUUCGCUCAUACGAUUAUAAUAUUUAAUUAUUUAUAAGUUGCACAAAUUUUCAGUUAUUUCCCGGGGUUGGCGCAUUAUCGUGCGGCAUAUCGAUGGCAAUAUACACUCGCAUAUAUGAUGAAAUCCUUCGGAAAGAGAUGUGGCGAUCGUCAUUUUCACACAUUGUGGAAUCGGAACAAAACAAUAUGACUGCAGCUUUGAUUUGGUCUGGGGCUAUAAUACUUGUCCUCGCUGUUUUUGGCUGCUGCGGGGCGACCUGUCAAAACAAGACAGUGCUUUGCAUUUAUUCCGCGCUUAUGGGGCUGCUCGCUGUGAUGGACUUCGGUUGGAUAUUAUGGCAGUAUUCAACAAGUAGAAAUAUGUUCACCAUCAAGCAUUCCUUCAGCCAUGAUUUUCAACUAGCUUUGCCGAUCGCUUUACUCGUCAUAACGACUGCAGCAACGACCCUGGGGUCCGUCCUGGCGGCCCAUGCUACUAGAGAAGCCAAAGAAGCAACAUUACAGCCGCCCCCUUACGAAAUGGAUCCUCCAGCGUAUCCACUUUGCGCCGAUUUUGACGUCACAAGGCGUCGAAGUGCCGUUAUCAUUGACAUAAUUUCAUAG